GUCUGUCGCCGGAUGGUGACGUCAUCGCCAGCAGUGCAUGCUGUAUUGUUCGGGCUGCCCAAAACCGGUUCUCGUUAAGAGAGAUAUCAUACUUCAUUGACAAUGGGGAUUCUCGAAAAGAUAGCAGAGAUCGAGAGAGAAAUCUCUCGAACACAGAAGAAUAAAGCCACUGAGUAUCAUCUGGGUUUAUUGAAAGCCAAGCUAGCCAAGUACAGAGCCCAGCUUUUAGAGCCCUCAAAGUCAGCUGGACCAAAAGGUGAAGGCUUUGAUGUCAUGAAAUCUGGUGAUGCGAGAGUAGCUCUCAUUGGAUUUCCCUCCGUUGGAAAGUCUACUUUUCUUAGUUUAAUGACAAAAACAGAAAGUGAAGCGGCUUCAUAUGAAUUCACCACGUUGACCUGCAUCCCAGGUGUCAUUGAGCACAAAGGUGCCAACAUACAGCUGCUGGAUUUGCCUGGUAUCAUUGAGGGUGCUGCACAAGGUAAGGGCAGAGGCAGACAGGUCAUUGCUGUGGCCAGAACUGCAGAUGUGGUCAUCAUGAUGCUGGAUGCAACCAAAGGAGAUGUUCAGAGGGAACUUCUGGAAAAAGAGCUUGAAUCUGUUGGCAUCAGACUCAACCGGUCCAAACCAAAUAUAUAUUUUAAGCCUAAAAAAGGUGGUGGACUGUCGUACAAUUCAACGGUUCCGCUCACACAUUGCUCAGAGAAACUUGUUCAGCUCAUUCUUCAUGAGUACAAAAUCUUCAACGCUGAGGUGUUGUUUAGAGAGGACAGCACUCCAGAUGAAUUUAUUGAUGUCAUUGUGGGCAACAGAGUGUACAUGCCUUGCUUAUAUGUUUACAACAAAGUGGACCAGAUCUCAAUAGAGGAAGUAGAUCGUCUUGCUCAUAGACCUAACAGUGUAGUCAUCAGCUGUGGCAUGAAACUGAAUCUAGAUUACCUCCUUGAGCAGUUAUGGGAAUACCUGGCUCUGAUCUGCAUAUAUACCAAGAAGAGAGGAGAACGACCAGAUUUUGGUGACCCUAUAAUCAUGAGAAGAGGAGCUUCAGUUGAACAUGUGUGCCACAGAAUCCACAGGACAUUAGCAAGUCAGUUCAAGUACGCACUUGUCUGGGGAACAAGCACAAAGUACAGUCCUCAGAGAGUAGGACUUACACACAUCAUGGAACACGAGGAUGUCAUUCAGAUUGUGAAGAAAUAAAAUCUAGUCUUCACAUCAACUACUGGGGUCGGCAACCUAUGGCACGUGUGCCAGCACUGGCACGCGGAGGGGUAAUCACUGGCACGCCAACAACGGCGAGAGAGGAGUAAACUAUUUUAUUCUUAUGAAAUUCCGUACCUGCAUUCCAAUCUACAUCUUGAUAUAAUCCUUCCUCAUGAUCACGCAGCGUUUUUUCAUGAGCUGAUUGUGAGGCUAAACAAAAAGUUAAAAUGUGAGGAGACUGCAGUAUACCCAACAGACUCGUGCAGCGCAUGCAAGCCAUUCGCGCAUCAUGAGCCGGCAGCGCUUCACUUUCGGUUAAUCGUGCGAAUAAACGCGCCCGCUUUGCUGCGGUUAGGCUGCACGGAUAACAGCCUACAUUCUGUUUCAUUUGUUUCUUUUUGCUUUCAGAACAACACGUGAUGUAAUAAAGAAAACACCACUAUUAAUGCUUGAGAUUUCCAAGCCAGCAUACAGGUACACCCUCCUUAAACUAUGGUCACACUCAAAAUUACAUUAAAAGAUUAAGAAGAAAACAUAAACCCACAUCGUGGGGUUAAAAAAAAUAUGAGUCUAUUCAAAAUAUAAAUUAAACCUGUAAGUAAAGUUUUAGGAUUUUGCAGAUGCGAUUUACCGAAAAGGGCUAAAUAGCUGAUUGGCUUGUGAUGAACGAAUGGCUUGCACACGCAGCACGAGUCUCGUCACACUUUAAUAGUGUUUAACCUCCCAUUCAGCUGAUGAAAACACGCUGCGUGAUCAUGAGGAACGAUUACAUCAAGAUGUGGAUUGGAAUGCAGUUGCAAAAAACUUCAUAUAAAUAAGAUCUCUCUCGCUGUUGCUUCCGUGCAAGUGAUUACAUGAUUACAAUGACAUAAUAUAAGAAAUAUUUAAGAUUCCACACUUUCGUGAUCAGUAAUCAAAUAAGCAAAUUUGUGACAUUUAAGUGUAUUAACUCAUUUUGUACAAAAGGAUAGGUUUUCUUUCAUUAAAGCACUUUGAGAAGAUGCUCUGUGAAAAUUCACAUGCAAGAUUUUUCACAUGCGGGUUUUGCACAAAUUUUUCACUCAAACUGUUAUGCUGAUAAUAUCAUUUGUAAUGAAAAAUAAACAAUUAAAUAGAAAAAUGUAAAAUAUAAACAUUUUCACAAGUGGACUCAAACUUCGGAAAAUCACAUACAAAAUCGGCACAGCCAUUGACCAGGAAAAUAAAAAAAUGCCACUCCAUGUCAAAAAGGUUGCCAACCCCUGAACUACAGUAUGAACAGAAUUUUUAUUUUUCUGCUAACAACUACAAUGUUUCCAAGAAUUUAUGGAAUAGACUUGUGCUCAAGACUUAAAAAUAGAAAUUGUUUAUUUUGUUUAUGGAAAUUCAUCUACCUUACAAAACCCAUUAUAUAUUUAGACCAUU